GGAAGGGGAGGGGGCAAAACGAAGCAAGCUCAGGCAAGAGAGGCAGAGACAGACUCGGUCUGAGCGGUAACGAGGGAGAAGCUGUUUAGUCAUCUCUCUAUAUAUACUUUCACAAUGAUGAUCACAUUUACUGAUUGCUUCUGACUGCGUUUAGAGAGGGAGUCAAGAGGCAGGCAGCACAGUUCACCUUUUAUCCUGAGGAGUGACUGCUCCCCCUUCCUUCCAAUUCCCCAGAUUUAGCCCUACUUUUGGGCACCGAGCAUCUCUUUCCUUGCCAGAUGGAACUGAUCUGACUUCCGACAGGUCUGAGGAGCAACCUAACUGUCUUCUCCAGUAACAAGGCCUUGGGUCAUCAUGGCAGCAGGAGUAGCAGCAUGGUUGCCCUUUGCCAGGGCAGCCGCCAUAGGAUGGAUGCCAGUGGCCAACUGUCCCAUGCCACUGGCUCCAACGGAGAAGAACAAGAGGCAGGAUGAGCUGAUCAUUCUCAACGUGAGUGGCAGGCGCUUCCAGACCUGGAGGACUACACUGGAGAGAUACCCAGACACUCUCCUGGGCAGCACCGAGAAGGAGUUCUUCUUCAACGAAGACACUAAGGAGUACUUCUUUGACCGGGACCCUGAGGUCUUUAGGUGCAUCUUAAAUUUUUAUAGAACUGGCAAGUUGCACUAUCCCAGGUACGAGUGCAUCUCUGCCUAUGACGAAGAGCUCGCCUUCUACGGGAUCCUCCCUGAGAUCAUUGGGGACUGCUGCUACGAAGAGUACAAAGACAGAAAGCGGGAGAAUGCGGAGCGGCUGAUGGAUGACAAUGACUCAGAAAACAACCAAGAAGGGUCCAUGCCAUCCCUGAGCUUCCGGCAGACCAUGUGGCGAGCCUUCGAGAACCCCCACACCAGCACCUUAGCCUUAGUCUUUUACUACGUCACUGGUUUCUUUAUCGCUGUCUCUGUGAUCACUAAUGUUGUGGAAACUGUCCCUUGCGGCACGGUGCCUGGAAACAAGGAGCUUCCAUGUGGGGAAAGAUACGCUGUGGCUUUCUUUUGCUUGGACACGGCUUGCGUGAUGAUUUUCACUGUUGAGUAUCUGUUGAGACUCUUUGCGGCCCCAAGUCGCUACAGAUUCAUCCGAAGCGUGAUGAGCAUCAUUGACGUGGUGGCCAUCAUGCCGUACUACAUCGGCUUGGUGAUGACCAACAACGAGGAUGUCAGUGGAGCCUUUGUGACACUAAGGGUUUUUAGGGUUUUCAGGAUUUUCAAGUUCUCUCGCCAUUCCCAAGGUUUAAGAAUCUUGGGUUACACUUUGAAGAGCUGUGCCUCCGAGCUUGGCUUUCUCCUCUUUUCCCUCACUAUGGCAAUCAUCAUCUUUGCAACUGUGAUGUUUUAUGCAGAGAAAGGGUCCUCGGCAAGCAAAUUCACCAGUAUUCCUGCUUCCUUUUGGUACACUAUUGUAACCAUGACAACACUGGGUUAUGGUGACAUGGUGCCCAAGACAAUUGCUGGGAAGAUAUUUGGCUCCAUCUGCUCCCUGAGCGGGGUGCUGGUCAUUGCUCUGCCUGUUCCAGUCAUUGUUUCCAACUUCAGCCGAAUUUACCACCAGAACCAGCGAGCUGACAAGCGGAGAGCACAGAAGAAAGCCCGGCUGGCCAGGAUCCGAGUGGCCAAAACAGGCAGCUCCAACGCUUACCUUCAAAGCAAGCGCAACGGCCUCCUGAACGAAGCCCUCGAGCUGACGGGAUCCACUGAAGAUGAACAGCAUAUGACUAAAGGUACCUCCUUAAUCGAAAGCCAACAUCACCACCUGCUGCACUGCCUGGAAAAAACAACCGGAUUGUCCUAUCUUGUGGAUGAUCCCCUGUUAUCUGUACGAACUUCCACCAUCAAGAACCACGAGUUCAUCGACGAGCAGCUGUUCGAGCAGAACUGCAUGGAGAGCUCGAUGCAGAACUACCCUUCUUCUCGGAGCCCGUCCUUGUCGAGCCACCAUGGCCUGACCACCUCCUGCUGUUCUCGCCGCAACAAGAAGACCACGCACCUCCCCAACUCCAGUGUGCCCGCCACCCGGCUCCGCAGCAUGCAGGAGCUCAGCACCAUCCACAUCCAGUGCAGCGAGCAGCCCUCUCUCACCACAAGGUACAUCGUUCCAGUCUCAACAUGAAAUCAGAUGAUGGGCUCAGACCGAACUGCAAAACUGCCCAGAUCACGACAGCCAUCAUCAGCAUCCCCACGCCGCCCGCGCUCACGCCAGAAGGCGAGAGCCAACCCCCCCCCGGCAGCCCCGGCCACUCCACGAACAUUUCCUCCACCACCACGAGCAACAUCGUCAAGGUCUCUGCCUUGUAAGACGUCUCACGCGCAGAAGGAGGCUGGAAGCCCAGUGGCCCUCUCCCUCCACACCUCCACGUUCCUUUCUUGCUGCAAAUCGUGCCUGGAUGGACCAACCUGACAUUUUUUUGUCACCAAAUUAGCACCGGAGAGCGGCCGAGGCGGCUUCUUCAGACUGGCGUUCACGCCAGGAAGGAUGAGGAGAGGGAGGAAGAGGCUGGUGAAAGGAAAAAGCCGCGCGGGGAGCAUGUUGUGCCAUGGAACAGGGCGAAUUCACCCAUGGAGGCUGGAGGGAAAGAAUCAUCAUGGCAACGAGAGAGUCAAUAAAGAAAACGGAAAUAUAACACUGUGUAUCGCAGCACCUUUUUAAAGGUUUUUAAUGGAUAAUAUUUAUUCAUGAGGAAAUGACUGAAAAGGUGAAAAACAAUGGAUUUUGUGAUUUUUUUUUUCUUCAUGGAGCAGAACCUUCAGACCAACAAAAUGUCACGUUUUGUUCGUUUGGUUUUUUUUCUUUUAUAGGAAAAGAUUUAGACAAAGAAGCCACCUGUCACAGAAACCUAUUUCCAUUCCUCUGUGUGUGCGUGUGUGUGCAGCAGAACCUCAUCCGAGCGGCACCGAGUUACAAAGAGCAGAGCAUGUGUCCACCAUUGGGUGCACAGUAGGAAAACACACGCAUGUGUCAGCACAUCCCUGUGCACACACGCACACACACACACCGAUUCCACCCUGGAUGGCAUUCUUUAUUUAGACAAUUUUGUAUCCGCCUUUUAAGUCAAUACAGUGCAAUUGCAAACAGCGUGUUUGUCUGCUAAUUAUUGUCGUGAAAACAUAUUUGUGGAAAAAAAAAAAGACAAAAAAAAAAAGAGACAGGCUUAAGUAGAGUUUUAGUCCCACAUGGGUAUCUGCUUUCUAUUUUUGUUAUCACUUACAUGUAAGAGUGUGACUAGACUAUCAGUUCUGUAUUUUUAAAAAGGAAAAUAAAAAGGUAGGAUUCUUUUGUUUUAAUACUGUACACACAAAUGGCAAAGAAUGAGAAAGCACUGAACUCAACUGCAUCAAGCGUUCAUAAGUCUAACAGAGGUUUCUUGUAGUGUAUGCCCACGCUUUUUCAUUUUGGUUUUCUAUAUUUAAAUUUCUUUGCUAGUACUGGACAUACAACCCAUUGUAAAUAGUAGCCAAAUCUUGUCUGGAUCUAUACUUGAUAAUAAUUAACCCCAUAGCUAAAUAUCUUGCAUGGACAGAGAGGUAUUUGGCUUUUUCACAGUCUUAGGGCUCCAGAUGUCUCAUCAAAGGCUUCUGGGUUGCACUGAUUUGGGGAUAGACCAGGUUCGCAGUUUUAGUUCUCCAGGCCCAGGCGGCCGCAUGAGAAGGGGCAGCAGUACUGGAGCUGGGAAAACAUUGAGUGUGUUCCAGACAGCGCCUUCUAUUUGCAGGUCUACACUCAGUUUGGGAACAGUCACACAUUUCUAGUCAACCAAAAACGGAAGUUACACUGUGGUACUGCCGAGACUAAGCUGUGGUCAGUCCUAGCGCCUCUGGCUGAGAUCUUUCUAGGAAUGAUUUCUUGUAAGGCAAUACAAGGUCCUGAAACGUAACCAAUUUUCCCCCUGCUAAGAAGAGUAACUUUUUUCUUCCAUUCUGCCUUUCUCAAGUCCCUUUUUCACCACAGGUGUGACCCGUGAAGGGCAGAGUGAGGAGCAACGUCACCCACCUUCUCACUUGUCAUAACACUGUUUGGCUAAUGUUUGUGAUCCCGCACAGACGCCUCGAGGCCCCGUACACACCCGGCCCCCAGCAGCCUGCAGAUGAUAAGGAAACAUUUCAAGCGUCCUGUUUCUGAACAGUGAUUUUUACCAACAUCAGAGUCCAAAGAACUCCUCAAAGCAGGUUUGAGGCUGAUUCAGCAAAGGGAUGACUUUUUCUUUUUUAACAUCUGUCAGAAUCUAUCCUGGUGUAAUAUUUAUAUACACAUAUACAUGCAUACACAUAUAAAUAAAUACAGACACAUACAUGUAUAGAUAGAUAAAUAGACCUACAUGCUGACUUAAACAUAUGAGCUAGCUUUGUUAGCACUCCUAACCUGUUAGGCUUAGACUGGACUCAGCUGAUGCAUUAACACCCUCCUCAGAAACCGACACCAUUCUAGGAAUAUUCAGGCUACGGCUAAACCUUCAGCAGCUGCACCAGCUUAUAGCCAUUUAUUCCAGUGCUGUAAUAUGUUACCCAAAAACUAUGUUUAGUCCUGUUUUAAAUGAUUAAAAUGCUCUGCCUUUGCUGCUUCCUGUAGGAGGUUAUACUGCAGUUAAUCUUACCAUUAUUGAGUUUUUUCUUGAUGUUUUAAUUUCAUUUCCCUUUGCUUUAAUGUCAUUAUUUGCCAUCAUCCUCUCCCCAUCGGAACACCCUCACCCCUGUAGAUCAGAGGCCUUGCUCUCCACCACCUACCACCUUGCAACCUCAUUUACGCUGGCACAGAACGAGGGUUAAAUGCUGCAGUGCUGACAGGGUACAGUGUCCCUUCCAGGAGUAAACGACUACUAAGAGCAAGGGACUCCCCAUGGGUUCUUGGUGCUGCUUUUCUUAGUCCUGAUUUACUGGGGAGUGGUGAACAAGCCACUCCAGCUCUCAUUCAUUUCUUUAUCUGUAAACAGCAAUCAUGGCAGCCCUUGUCUAAAGCACUAUUGGUGCAUUUAAUUGCUUUCAAUCAAAACGCUUUUCGGAAAAAAAAAGAACAUUUUUAAGAGGAAAAAAUAAACAAGGAGGAAAGCAAGUGCAUGGAGUUUCUGGCUGGUUGCACUCAGAUUAUCAAGGCAGCUGCUGCCUCCAUUCUCUUCCACGGAAGAGGAAUCAUUAUUAUCCUUUCUCAAAAGUACACAACCUGUCUCUUCUACCAUGAGCUUAGCAGGUGCUGCCCCACGCGGUCAGUACAUCGACACAGACUUUCAGAGGAUAAAGCCAGACAAAAUUAACAAAGUCUGAGCCUAGAGGAACAGGGCUAAAAAUAUUUUUAAUGGUGGCAUUAACUCCCUUUACGCACUGAUUGGAAGCAGACUGAGUAAUGCUUCUGAAAGCGCCUGAAAACGUGCUUGUACAAAACCUCCCUGGAUCGCCGGACGCAGCUACAGCCUCAUUACGAGAGCGCAGUGCGUUCAGCGGAACAGCACAGGCGAGAAUCAGAACAUCGCGCCCUUCAACCGGAACGCGGGGAGGAAGGGAGAGCGAUGGCAAAAGGGGGGCCGCUGCACCGCAGCCGCUUCUCGCUACGAUAAAGGGAGGCGAUUAGCUUUACUAAACUGCUCUCACUAAUCUUUAUAUAGCGAGAAAAAGCCAAAAGUCAACCCUGAAAAUUCUUAGAGCCAGAACUUGACCUGAAGGAUUUGGAGCGUUGUCUCCAUUCUGACCAGCAUCCCUCUGCCCAGGGCCACACACACACACCGACAUGGAGACAAAAACCAGCACGCACCCCUGCGAUCCUGGGCAUUCCCGAGGCACGUGGAAGGGGUUUCUUCAGGCAGGGGCGACCUCUGGGAGGAGAAGCUUCCAGAAACAGCGGCAGGUUCCAGUCCCGACACCUUUCUGAAAGGCAGGGGGUACAAAACAGCCUGAUUAGCAAGACAGUCCAACAAAACAUCGGGAGUAUGUUGGCAGUUCAUUUCCAAAGCCUUCCCCCACCCCCUAACUCUAUAGGACUUCUUAUACUUUUAGAAACGUACGUUAAAAAAGAUUCUUUGUACAAAAUGCAAGUGGAGUGGGAUUAUUUUUUCAGUCUUUCAUAAAGCAAUAUUAAAAAUAUCAAAGCAGCAACACCUUUUUCCAAGCAUUUUGUUUUGUUUCCAAAGCCUCUUCCAAGGGAAAAAUAUUUUCACAGAUUUUCAGCAUAUUCUGUUAAUAGAUUGAGUCUCUUCUCACCUGGCAUUGGGCUGCUAAUUGAAGGAAUCGCACCCAAUUGGCAAAGAAUGAUGAUCUUUCACAUCUAGGCUUCGACUUCCAUCUACUCUUUCUAAAAACCACCUUUCUUUCUCCUUAAAAAUCUUAAGGACGUCCAUAAAGAACAGGCUAUUGAUAGCACACCUUGGCCUAUAAAAAUUAAAGCAUUACACAAUGUAAUCCACCCUCCGCUAGCAUAAGAUCCUUCCCUGCAACAUCCUGCGUUGCUUCCUUUGGGUUAGAUACUCAAUUCCCCAAGGAAAAGGCUCCCACUGCUUCCCUGGGGAGCUGAUUCCAGACUAUUAGAUCUCAAUGUCAAGGAUUUUCCCCCUGCUGUUCAGCCAUAAAUCUCUGCUUAUUUUUUUCCCCCCUCUUGCUGCAUUAUUCUCCCUCGCACCAUGUUAAAUUACUCUCCAUGUUGCACAUGAGCUGCCUACAAGCACAAGAGGGAUAUAAAACCUUCUACAGCAAAUUCUCAUCCCCGAGACUACUUUUGCCUGUCAAAUAAUUAUCGUUGUGAAAAGCGAACUGGGGAAAAGGGAAACUAAGCAACACACGUGGCUUUGGUGUGAAAUCAAGUUAAUAGGUAAUUCCAAAUACCUCCUUCUUUGCAGUUGCCAGAAACACUAAAAUUUAAAUCAAUGCUACUUGCUUAACCUGAAACAGUUGAUAAUAUACAAGUACUGCAAACCAGCAUUUCUCAUCCUAGUUUAGACAGCUUAAGGGGUGCGCAGGAAAAUCAGAUUAAAGGAAGCAAUGUCCCCUCAAAUAUUUUGCUUUUUUAAGUGAAGAGGUUGUAAACAUGCUGUAUCUUACCCCUAUUAUACAGCAAAUUCAGUGUAUUAAAGAUCACAUGUAAUUUAUGGGUUGCAAACUUCCCUUGGAUCCUGUAAGGCAUUUCCUAUGUCGGACUAUGGCAGUUACCAAGUCAGCAUUCAUGGAUGGCUUGUGAACAUCAGCAGCUUUGAACUGAAGACUUUAUUCUGCUUUUAAAGUCAGGUGGAUAAUACGCCUUCCCCACAUAAUUCACCAACCAAAUAUAACUGAUUUUUAAGCAAAACCACUUAUUUUUCCUCCAACACUAAGCAACUGCACUGGAUCAAAUUACUCCAGAGCUCCAGUUUCUAGGGUUCACAUUUGACGAUGUUUUAUCUUUCUAAAGCUUCCGAAGCGAGCAGAAGGUGAGGACAGGCAGGAGAGGCAGCGGCACGAGCCCCCGUGCUCCUCCCAAUUAUCUUGAUUAAUCACUAAGUGACCUCGGAGAAGUCGUUUCGCCUCUCUUUGCCGAUUACACAAGCUGUAUAGAAUUUAAUACCUCCUCCUUUCAAUUCAUGAACACCUCCAAUACGCUUUCCUUGAGAAAGCGCCCCAGAAAAGUACCGCUACUUACGUUCCAAACGCAAAACCCGUGCCAGGAAAACUUCAGGUGGAUCAGUCGAAAGACCAGGUGACAAAGAGCUUGUGGGAAUUCCUUCCUGAGUUUUGUUCUCGGUCAAUAGUCCGUUACUUUGUGUGUGUGUAUGUGUGCACGUGUUUCUUUCCAUUUUGGUUUAAACUAGCGCUACUCACAGGAGUCACACGGCUGGUGGGUGAGAAGCAACAACCAUCUCCAAUAUUCUUCUCCGUUCUGUUGUGACUACGACCGGGAGAUCCCACAGGCUCCUCCAACCAACAAAGUAUCUUACGAAAGGCGUGUGAUGGUCUAUUUUUGAUAAAUCAGUAAGGCAUUCCAAUGCAAUUGUGUUUUCUUUAGGAGUUUUAUGUUAUGAGAAGCUCUCAACCUUAUUAUUUUCUAUUUUCGUACUAUAAAUGGGCUUUGCUUACGAACAUCAGAGGACAGAUACAAAAUGUACUGUAUACAACUGCAGGUAGCUUCAUUUGAGAACAACUUUCUAGAAGAACCAAGUUUCCUGUUGUCUUCUUUUGGAAUUGUAGUGCAUAUGUUGAAACUUGUAUAUCAUUUACAGUAUUGAGUCUUGUGCCACUGCUGUACCUGAUGUAUCCAAUCUGGAUUAAACAGAGUAUGUGCCACAAAUACCCAAA